UAGUACACUAUAUGAAACCUACAGUAGGUGUUUGAGGAUUCGACGCGCUUCUGAAACACAGUGGAGCUUCGCUUACGUUUAAUUGUGUAUUCUUAAUUAUUCUAAAAUAAUAUAUAGAAAUAAAAAAUGGACGAUCAGGGCUGCCCGAGAUGCAAGACAACAAAAUAUAGAAACCCGUCUUUAAAGCUGAUGGUGAAUGUUUGCGGACACACACUGUGUGAGAACUGUGUGGAGAUGUUGUUUGUGCGAGGUUCAGGCAACUGUGUUCAGUGUGACACUCCGCUCAGGAAGAGCAACUUCCGCCUGCAACUCUUCGAAGAUCCUGCUGUGGACAAAGAGGUUGAGAUCCGCAAGAAAGUGCUCAAAUUAUAUAAUAAGCGUGAUUUGGACUUUCCUAGUCUGAGGGAGUAUAACGACUAUCUGGAGCAGGUGGAGGAAAUCGUGUUUAACCUGACGAAUAAUGUGGACGUGGAGAACACCAAGCAGAUGAUGGAGCAGUACCAAAGAGACAACAGAGACAUCAUCCAGAGAAACAAGGCCAAACUGACGAGGGAGCAGGAGGAGCUGGAGGAGAUCUUGUUGAUGGAACAGCAGGAUCUGGAGAUAAAGAGGCUGGAGAACUUGCAGGAGGAACAGAGGCACUUGUACACCAAGAGGAAAAACAAACAGGCCCUGUUAGAUGAGCUGGAGAACUCCAAUUUGCCUGCUUGCCUUCUCUUGGCACAGCAUAAAGAGCGAGCAGCUCAGCUGGAUACUCAGAUCGAGAAACAGAAACAAAACGUCAAACCAGCCACCAUCUUCUCUACAGGCAUACUGAUGGGUCAAACAGUGUCACUGGCUCCAGUUGCUCGUAUGGAGGAGGUUUUGUAUCAGUAUCACCCUCUUCAAAUCAAAACGUAUGGCCCUGUGGUGCCUGAACUGGAACAGCUGGCAAGACAGGGCUAUCUGAAUCAUGUAAGAGCGGCGACUCAGCAGGAUUUAGCGGGUGGCUAUACAUCAGGUCUGGCGUGUCACAGAGCCAUACAGGACGCCUUCAGUGGUCUGUUCCCCUUUGUAUAAACGUGUGUUUCUUUCUCUCUCUCUCUCUCUCUCUCUCUCUCUCUCUCUCACACUCACACUCACACUUACACACACAAAACUAUACCCGUGUUUGUAUGAGUGCAUGGAGGACAGAUGACUGUACCUCUGAUGAUGUUCCUGGUUGUUUGUGAUUAAAACCCCACAGGAUGAGCAGAGCUCCGGAUAAGGUGAAAAUGUCAGGUUACCCUCAUACAGAAUAUUUACUAUACACACAGGGCUAAUUCUGUGUGUGUGUGUGUGUGUGUGUGUGUGUGUGUGUGUGUGUGUGUGUGUGUGUGUACACGAGUUAGGUAAAUAUCUCGCACCGGAUAGAGACACAUACUGCCUCCUUCAUGCUUGUAAUAUUUUGUAAACAGUAGAUUACUCAUUGCUGUGGGUUAGUUUUGAACUUGUACAGCUAUUUUUCUAAAUGUUUUUUUUUGUGAAAUUGGUUUAAAUAAUAAAAGUAUUAUAAAAUAA